AUGACCGCUCCAUCAUUCAAAACGCUCGUCGCACUUGCGGGAGGAACGCACACUUGGGUGCCAACUCCUAAAAGCGAGGCAACGCAAGAUGAGGUCGUAGCCAUCAUGCAGGAACAUGGAAUCACCAAUCUUGACACUGCCAGAUCUUACGGCAUGGGAGCGUCUGAAGAAACAAUUGGAAAUAAAAAUCUCGGAGCGGAAUUCAGUGUUUGGACAAAAGCUCCCACAGGUUUGGGCGGCGGGGCCGGGAAAAGGGAGAACAUCCUCGAGCAGGGACGGAAAAGCAACGUAGUCCUGAGACUUAGCAAGAUUCCGGUGUACUUGCUCCACGCUCCGGACGAAUCCGUCCCAGUGGCAGAGACCUUGGGCGCAAUUCAAACGCUGUACGAAGAGGGCCGCUUUGAAAAGUUCGGCCUCUCCAAUAUGUCCCGCGACCAAGUCCUCGAGCAUUACAACUAUGCCAAGUCCCAGAAUUUUAUUCUACCAACAGUCUACCAAGCUUCCUACAGCAUCGUCGUACGUGGCAUUGAGACCAACCUUCUCUCCACGCUCCGAGAACUUGGCAUCUCAAUCCAAGCCUACUCUCCGCUUGCUGCUGGAUUUCUCUCCAAAACGGUCGAGCAAAUCGAAAACGGUAACGGAACCGAACGUUGGGAUCCUAAUUCGCCUUACGGGAUGGUUAACAGACAAUUGUAUUUCAAGCCGAGUUACAUGAAGAUGUUAACGGAGUAUGGGAAGUUGUCUGAGCAGAGUGGUGUCAGUAAAGUUGGAUUGGCAUACCGCUGGGUGAGGUACCAUAGUGCUUUGAAAGGGGAGUUGGGGGAUGCGAUGAUCAUUGGUGCGAAUUCCGCGACACAGUUUCGCGAGGCCGUGAAGGAGAUUGAGAACGGGCCGCUAGAAGAGUGGAUUGUAGAGAGAAUUGAUGAGCUGUGGGAGCUGGUGAAGGAUGAUGCACCAAUUGAUAAUUUGCGGGCUAUUAGGGAUGUGAUUGGUGGAUUGAAAAAGUGA